AUCACGUGGAGAAAAACAGUCGGGAGCUUCGUGUUACGCUGUAUUUGCCUCCAGUUGUCGCUGCACUUUGUUUUGACAGCUGCCUGUUUUCUUUUCUAGGUCGUUUUUACUGAAGAAUGAGUGAAAACGAUGACAUCGAAGUCGACAGCGAUGCUGAUAAGCGAGCACAUCACAACGCGCUGGAGCGCAAACGGAGGGACCACAUCAAAGAUAGCUUUCACGGUUUAAGAGACUCCGUGCCUGCAUUACAUGGAGAGAAGGCGUCACGAGCACAAAUUUUAGACAAAGCCACAGAAUACAUCCAGUUCAUGAGGAGAAAAAAUCACAGCCACCAGCAAGACAUCGAUGACUUAAAGAAGCAAAACGCACUGCUGGAGCAGCAGGUUCGUGCACUGGAGAAGGCCAAAGGGAACACUCAGCUCCAGACAAACUACUCUACUGAAAGCAGCUUGUACACAAACCGCAAAGGGAGCGCCGUGUCUGCCUUCGACGGCGGGUCCGACUCCACCUCAGAAUCAGAGCCGGACGAGCCGCCCAGCAGAAAGAAGCUGCGCGUGGAGCCCAUCUAAACUCAGGCGCUCCUGUCCUUGAUGUUCAGACGGACUCUCCGUACCCACCAGCUUCUCUUACCUUGCCCUUUUCUCGCUCCUCCCCUUUUUACACCAGUCUAAGCCCCACGGUAGAGACAGUGUGAUUGGUGCUGUUAGUGUUUGUACAAAACGCUUCUACCUUGCUGUAUCUGCAUCCCGUCACUGUUUUUGUGGCCCAGCAACGACUUUUACGAUCCCCAAAGUGAGGCAGCUCAGCAGUCUUUGAAAGACGUGAUACUGUUCAUGAAAUUACAUUGUACGAGUCUUUAAUAAAGCUAUAAAAAUAUCCUUUCUUUUGGACAACCUUUGCAGUCGGUUGCGAGACUACCACUUUUGAUGGAAUGAUAAUUAGAGAGUGUGUUUUUAUUAUACUUUUCCAGAGAAGAAUGUCAAAUUGUUUUUAGUAAAAGUGUCUGAUAUGCAAGAAGAACCACCCCCCUGAGGUUUUAUCUUUGAAACCGACGUUCAAUGAAACAAAUUUCUCUUUAUAAUGAUGCACCAAAAUUAGUUUUGCAACCUACAGAGUGUAUUUAUGACUGAUAUCUGUAUUGAAUGAUUUUCACAGCUUCGGGUAUUUCUUGUCCUCUUUUUGUUAUUCUCAGUAAAUAAAUGUGAUAUAAUUAAAAAAAA